AUGGAGGAGAGAUGCUGGAAGCGUUGUCCCAGCGAGAGAGCCCCGGCAGCCGCCGCCGAGCCUUUCGGCAAACUCUCAGUCCACCUGCGCAUAGCUCUGCCCCGCGACAGCCUGGGCUCUGGGAGCGAGGCCACUGGGAAAAUGAAGAAAAGCUGUGAUUGUUGCAGUGGUGGUGUGCGUUUUGGGGAGGGUUGUAGAGUACUCGGCAAUAGCAAACCAGGCGUCAACAGUUACCUCCUCCUAGGACCUGACUUUCCUGAAGGUUUCGCCUCAGCCUCUCUGUACCACACCUUGGAAGGGUACUACGUUGAUGACGCCCUGCAAGGCCAGGGAAUCUACACUUAUGAGGAUGGAGUGGUCCUUCAUGGCACGUACGUGGAUGGAGAGCUGAAUGGACCAGCCCAGGAGUAUGACAGUGACGGGCGGCUGAUAUUCAAAGGGCAGUAUAAAGACAACAUUCGACAUGGAGUUUGUUGGAUUUAUUACCCGGAUGGAGGCAGCCUUGUGGGAGAAGUGAAUGAAGAAGGGGAGAUGACUGGAGAGAAAAUAGCCUAUGUGUACCCUGAUGGAAAGACUGCAUAUUCUGGAAGGUUCAUAGAUGGAGAAAUGAUAGAAGCAAAACUGGCAACUCUGACAUCUGUAGAGGAUGGGAAACCUCAGUUUGAAGUAGUACCAGGCAGCCCAAUAUACAGUUUUGACAAAUCUACUUCAUCCUGCAUUUCUACAAAUGCACUUCUUCCUGAUCCUUACGAGUCAGAGAGGGUCUAUGUUGAUGUCUCUCUUAUUUCCAGUGCUGGAGAAGGAUUAUUUUCGAAAAUAGCAGCAGAAGCCAGUACAGUUAUGUCCUUUUACAACGGAGUGCGAAUUACACACCAGGAGGUAGACAGCAGAGACUGGGCCCUCAAUGGAAAUACAAUAUCCCUGGAUGACGAAACGGUCAUAGACGUGCCAGAGCCCUACAACCACGCCGCUAAGUACUGUGCCUCGCUGGGGCAUAAGGCCAACCAUUCUUUCACUCCUAACUGCAUCUAUGACCCGUUUGUUCACCCUCGUUUUGGGCCUAUCAAGUGUAUCCGUACCAUCAGGGCUGUGGAGAAGGAUGAAGAAUUAACAGUGGCUUACGGAUACGAUCACAACCCCGUUGGGCAAAACGGGCCAGAAGCACCGGAGUGGUACCAGCUGGAACUGAAAGCUUUCCAGGCUGCCCAGCAGAAGUGAAAUGGGAGCUCCUUCUCUGUUCAGCAAACUGAAACAGAAACUUGGAUCUAUGCACUACCUUUAUACUGAAAACUGGACAACCAGGGAUUGUUCAUGCUGUUGCAUCAUAACUUUGCAUUCUGUGUUAAGAGAUAAGUUUCUUGCA